AUGUCGGCAGAGAAGCGACCGGCGUCAGAUGACCCUAGCGGCGGUCAACUGGUGAAGAGGCAGAAUGUGGGCUCCAGUCGCGCUCUGGCGAGGUCUGGCGCGUCGGGGAGCAGCAGCGCGCUGAUCCAGGCGGCGCCCCGAACGAGCGGUCUCCAGGCCCCCGUAAUAGAGCUCUCGGGACAUUCUGGCGAGAUCUUUUCGGCUAAAUUCGACCCGUCUGGGAAUCUAAUAGCGUCGGGGUCCAUGGACAGGACAAUAAUGCUCUGGAGAACAUAUGGCGAUUGCGAAAACUACGGCGUGUUGAAUGGACACAAAGGCGCCGUCUUCGACCUCCAGUGGUCGCGCGACUCCGAGAUCCUCUUUUCCGCCUCGGCCGAUAUGCACCUUGCGAGCUGGGAUCUCACGUCGGGGACUAGGAUACGGCGCUAUGUGGGGCACGACGAGAUUGUCAACACGAUGGACAUCAGCAAGCGCGGCGAGGAACUGCUCAUCAGCGGCAGCGACGAUGGGACCAUUGGCAUCUGGGAUCCGCGAACGAAGAAUGCCGUCGACUACAUCGAGACCGAGUUCCCCAUCACGGCUGUUGCCAUAUCCGAGGCAGGCAACGAGAUCUUCUCCGGAGGCAUCGACAACGACAUCAAGGUGUGGGACAUCCGGAAGAAGGCCGUCGUUUACUCGAUGAUCGGCCAUCAAGACACCAUCACAACCCUCAAGGUGUCGCCUGAUUCUCAACAGCUGCUUUCAUAUUCAAUGGACUCGACGGCAAGGACGUGGGAUAUCAGACCCUUUGCGCCUGCCGAGCGGCACCUUCGCACCUUCGACGGAGCCCCGCUCGGCCUGGAAAAGAACCUGAUUCACGGAAGCUGGGACAAGGACGGCAAGAAGAUCGCCGUCGGCGCGGGCGAUGGUACGGUUGUUAUCUGGGCGAGCGACUCGGGAAAGCUUCUGUACAAGCUUCCCGGCCACAAGGGAACAGUCAAUUGCGCCGAGUUCUCCACAGGAUCAGACCCUCUCAUUCUAUCUGCGUCAUCUGAUCGAACCAUGCUGUUGGGCGAGCUGAAGUAG